AGCACUCAAUUGCAAGCCACCCGCGCACUGCAGCUCGGGGAAAGAGGCACACGAACUUCAUGCCGUCUCUAUAGCCCUUAUCCACCUUGAUACCCAUCUAGCUCCACGACCUAAUGAAUCUUCAACGACAUUCCAUAACCGCGACUAAUCCCAUCCGCAUCCUAGACGCACGCUUCGAUGCGGACUAUCGGCUGUUUACUUGCUCGACACCAGCGGGCUUCGCGGUGUACCGCGCCUACCCCCUAACGCUCCUGCGGAAGCGAGAACUGACUGGGGGAACCCUUGCCGCUGUUCUUCCGCUGCAUACCUCGAACCUGCUAUUCCUGCUCGGUGGUGGACGUAGCCCGUUAUAUCCUCCGAACAAGGUAGUGCUAUGGGAUGAUUCCUUACGCAGAGAGGUUGCGGAGCUUGAGUUUAGGGAACGAGUGCGAGGCUUUGCGUGCAGGAGAGGGUGGCUAGCGGUCGCAUUGCGCAGGAGAGUCGUGCUGUUCGAGGUCGGGGAGCGCGUUUCGAGAUUCGGAGAGUGGGAUACAUGCGAUAACUCUAGAGGUCUGGUCGCAAUGGCCGCAGCUACAGGUGCUACCCUGCUAGCCAUACCCGGCCGUCAGACAGGGCAUGUACAGCUCAUUCAUCUCCCUCCAUGUCCACCACCUGCCAAUGCAGCACCAUCUCAGGCAAAGCCACCACCGAGACCCACCAAACAUCCAGUCUCCAUCGUUGCCGCACAUACCGGUUCCCUAAGUACACUCUCGGUUCCACCAUCUGGCAGGCUGCUUGCAACGACAUCGUCCAAAGGUACGCUGGUUCGGGUCUGGGACUCACAUACCGGCAAGCUCGUGCGGGAGUUCCGGAGAGGUACAGACAAGGCUGAGAUCUACGGUGUUGCAUUUCGGCCUGAUGAGAAAGAGCUUUGCGUGUGGAGUGACAAGGGUACAGUGCACGUCUUCACCAUCACGGCUAAUUCAGGCCAAGCCAACCGGCAGUCGACAUUCUCCGCACUCACACCUUUCCUCCCCCUUCCUAAUUAUUUUGGCUCUGAAUGGUCCUAUGCGCAGUAUCGAUUACCAGCACAGUCGCCACACGCAUCGAUUGAGACACAGGCUUCUCGGGCGCCCAAGUUGAACGUUGCUGACGAGGAGAGAUGUGUUGUAGGGUGGAUACAAGUGCCAUCUGAUCGACCUAGUCCUGAUCGUGAUGCCCCGCUAGAACACCAACUAGUGGCUCUCACUUAUUCUGGUGGCUGGUACCGUCUAUCGCUACCAAAGUCAGGAUCAGCAUCGACUGCGUCUGUGGCUUCGCCUUCGUCUGGGGUUUCUGCGUCCGCAGCACCUCCCAGGUCGAUAUCCAUGCACCGUCCUAGGUCGUCUAGCGGCUCGUCCUUCUCCAGCCGUACUGAGAAGGGCAAAGAGAAGGAGAAAGAGGGCAAGGAGAGCCACGAGUGUGCCUUGAAGGAAUUCAGACGGUACGGUCGGUGGGAUGGCUGGGGUUGA